UUUACUCUCCAAACAAAAGCCAAAGCCAAAAGCCAUAGAGAGCAAAGCACUUGGUACCGUCUCCCUUUAGCUCAGCCUUCUUUCCAUCUACCGCACUGCACGAAGGGAGAGAGCAGGAAGAGAUGAUGCAAGAGGACAAGAGGAUGAAGGUGAAGAAGGGAUCGGUCACCGUGAGAGUCGGCCUCGAAGGCGAAGAAGGCGGCUUCCGGAAGUUCGUGAUCCCCAUCUCCUACCUCCACCAUCCCCUCUUCCAGAGGCUCCUCGAGUCGGCACAGGAGGUGUACGGUUUCUACUCCUCGGGGCCGCUGAAGCUGCCUUGCUCCGUCGACGACUUCCUCCACCUCCGGUGGCGCAUCGAGAGGGAGUCGCACCACUCGCAUGGCCACCACCGCCAGUCUUUGCAUUCAUGCUGAGACAAACAAGGGGGAAGACAAAUGCUCUCUCUUCUCCCGACACAACAUACUCUUUUUGUAACUGCCGAUACUGAAGAAUCACAUGUAGUAACUCCCCAUAAGAACAUGAAUCAAGUCUUCUUGUCUCGUUUGUGUUCCUUCCCUUAUUGGAGAACAUAAUUCAAUUUCAUCAGCCACUCGUUAGAGAAA